UCCCCAAGAAAUGGUGAUACUUUUCCAUAACAAAGAACAUAUGCUGCAAGCAAGAAAUGCACAUAAAAACUGUGCAACUUAUUGUUAGCUGCCAUAUUGACUGCGAUUAUGGCAUCCUUGUCAAUUGUUUCAAUGCAGAUGGGCCAGAAAACAAUAAGUUUGGUUGUGGGGACUAUUCUGGUUUUGAACUUGUGCAUGUAUAUAACUGUAUGUGCAACAGCUGGGUGGGCACUUCACAAGGCAAUUGAACAUGAAAUCGUCACAGGACUGGAAACUACACUGCCCAACCCAUUGUGGGCGGUGUACUUUCCAAUGGGAAAUGGGGCCACUGGAUUCUUCAUAAUCUUUGCAUUGAUAGCCGGAGUGGUGGGAGUUGCUUCGUGCCUUUCCGGGCUUCAUUACUUGCGCUCAUGGACAGAAAAUGGCUUGGCCUCUUCUGCUCUAACAGCCUGGGGCUUCACUCUCUUGGCCAUGGGGUUGGCGUGCAAAGAAAUGAAUUUGCAGGGCAGAAACUCGUGUCUGAAAAUAGCGGAAUCAUUUGUGAUAAUUUUGUCUGCCACGCAACCGCUGUAUAUACUUGUGCUCACAAGCAUCGGUAUCGUUUAACAGAAUUGAAAAGUAUUUACUUCAAUAGUUGCUCUUUCUUGUUGGAAUGGCUAAUCCCAAUUCCAUUCCCCAGCAAAGCAGACGAGGUGCCUCUACUUCAUUUAACAGAGAAUUUUUUUUUGGUUUUGAAUUGCUCCUUCUCUGCCUCCAUCUCUUUUCUUCUUUUUAAGGAAGGUUAAGAGUCAAGGACUGUCCAGUAUCAGUAUCCAUCUGUCUUUUUCAACUUUCUUGUUAUAUCAUAUUUGAUAUCCAUCUCGUCUUUUUAAACUCUCUUGUUAUAUUAUUAUAUUUGUUAUGUUUCAA